AUGCACUUCGCUACCAUGGUCCACAACGCCACCAGAUCCCGUACCAAGAGCGUGCAAUUCGAGAAGAGUGUAAUCAGCCUGGACACAGACGGUAGCUCAUCGCGGGACGGUGCCACGUCUCCACCAGUCCCCGGGAGCAGGACAAGCAGUCUACCCUUGGGCAGCGAGAGCAAGGAGAAUAUUAUCCGCCACUACCGAAGCAUGCUGAACAUCGAGGACCCCCCCAAGCUCCCCAUGGCCAAACCGCUUUCGUACGGCUCGCUGUAUCCCAAACCUGGCGAUUCUGUCGUGGUCCACAGACACCAGCGGAUUCCAAUGAGGAGACCCCAUGAUACCAUUUCUUCAAACGGUAUUCCCAACAGUCCCCCUCCCCCCGUCAGGGCCUCGCCAGUGGUGCCCAUUGGCAAGCCCUCGACACCCGGAUCUCAAGACUCGAGAGAAGGUCCCUCUGACUCCUUCGCCGCAGCUCCUUCAGCUUUGAGUGACGACCGUAACAUUGUCCGCCGCAAGUUGACGGGCUAUGUCGGUUUCGCCAACCUCCCCAACCAAUGGCACCGCAAGAGUGUUCGCAAGGGCUUCAACUUCAACGUUAUGGUUGUCGGUGAAUCCGGCCUCGGAAAGUCUACUCUCGUCAACACUCUUUUCAACACGUCGUUGUACCCACCCAAGGAGCGCAAGGGACCCAGCCUCGAAAUUGUUCCCAAGACCGUCAGUAUUCAAUCUAUCAGCGCAGAUAUUGAGGAGGCGGGUGUUCGUCUCAGGCUUACGGUCGUCGACACGCCUGGCUUUGGUGACUUUGUCAACAACGAUGAGUCCUGGAGGCCGAUUGUCGACAACAUCGAGCAGCGCUUCGACGCCUACCUCGAUGCUGAGAACAAGGUCAACCGCAUGAACAUUGUUGACAACCGCAUCCACGCCUGCGUCUUCUUCAUCCAGCCCACUGGCCACUCCCUCAAGCCCCUGGAUAUCGAGGUCAUGAAGCGCCUCCACACCAAGGUCAACCUGAUCCCAGUCAUUGCCAAGUCCGACACCCUCACCGAUGAGGAGGUUGUUACCUUCAAGGCCAGGAUUCUUGCCGACAUCAAGUACCACAAGGUCCAGAUCUUCGAGGGGCCCAGGUAUGAGCUUGAUGACGAGGAAACGAUUGCCGAGAACAACGAGAUCAUGUCCAAGGUUCCCUUUGCCGUUGUCGGUGCCAACACCGAGGUGACCAACGCCGACGGGCGCAAGGUCCGCGGCCGUGCCUACCCCUGGGGUGUUAUCGAGGUGGACAACGAGGAGCACUGCGACUUCGUCAAGCUCCGCCAGAUGCUCAUCCGCACCCACAUGGAGGAGCUCAAGGAGAACACCAACAACACGCUCUACGAGAACUACCGAACAGACAAGCUUAUCGCUAUGGGCGUGUCGCAAGAUCCCAGUGUCUUCAAGGAGGUCAACCCCGCCGUCAAGCAGGAGGAGGAGCGCGCGCUCCAUGAGCAGAAGCUCGCCAAGAUGGAAGCCGAGAUGAAGAUGGUCUUCCAACAGAAGGUCGCUGAGAAGGAAUCCAAGCUGAAGCAGAGCGAAGAGGAGCUCUACGCUCGCCACCGCGAGAUGAAGGAGCAGCUUGAACGGCAACGACUGGAGCUCGAGGAGAAGAAGUCGAGAGUGGAGAGCGGGCGGCCACUGGAGAAGGAACCGAAGAGGAAGGGCUUUUCGCUCCGGUAA